GUAUCAUAUUGUCGAUCCGUAUUAAGGCAUUGAUUCCGAGUUUCUUCCAAGUUUACAUCGUCGAGUUACCUUUCACAUUCGGGCGCAAAAUUCCCUCUGUCAGUUACCAAUGGCAGGUAUUCCCGGCUUCGUUGGGGUUUCCCUAAACGAUGAUGUCCCUCCACUCUUCAAAAGACAAAAUGGCUGCAUAAAAUGCGAGACUGGCGCGCCGACGUGUCCUCCUUGUGCCGAUGAUGAAAUAUGUCAAUUUAGUAUUCAGUCCUGCAACGAAUGUCCUCAGGCCUUCUGUAUAAAAGAUCCAACCGCCGGUAGUACUGCCACCACAGCCAGUAAAGGCCCGAAUGCUGGUGCGAUUGCCGGUGGCGUGGUGGGAGGUUUAGCUGCUAUUGCGAUUAUUGCCUACCUGGUCUGGAGAUUCUAUAUCAAAAGUAAGAGAUCACAGUACGAGACAGAACACUGGCAAGGAGACGUGGAACAUACCAAGGAGGCUAUGGGCAUGCGAAAUGAGUUGGAUGCAGGCCGGUCGAAACGAGAAUCGACACACACUGUUCACUCGAUCGCAUCCACCGUCCUUACUCGUGCUUCGAAUAUCAUUCAGAUUGCAUACAUUCCUGGCGUGACCAAUCGAGCUACACCUACGUCACCUACGCUGCUUGUUCCUCCGGUGCCACCAAUUCCUAUCGCGCAUUCAGAAAGCGGUAGUAACUCCCCCUUCGACGAGCAGCGUUUCUUCGUCCCCGGCGACCUCCGAGACUCGACGUACUCGGGCAUAUCAGGCUACACCGAUCGUUCGUCGGUUGCCCGAACGUCAUAUGCUCCGCGAUCAAGCGUUGCAUCCACUAUAUACGGAAAGAAUGCUAUAGUAUCUCCUCUCCCUGCUCAGAAGGGCAAUUUCCUUAAGCCGUCUAUUAUCAGUGUCAAAUCUCGCGCUCCCAGCAGCAAUAGCGGUAGUUCAACGCCGCCCGUUCCAGCCGUCGACUACGAAAAAUACGAUCACCCACCUCCUUCCCCAGCCUUCAGUAUCGGGGCUACCUUUUUCAAAAAUGCUAGCGCAUCAACUGCCACUGCCGUACGCCCUCAGAUGGUCCGUGUUGGUAGCGGGCCUAAGACAGUCGAUGUGAAAUCGAAGUCUUCUCCUACCACUGAGGGCAAUUCAGACGCCUUGGAGCAAGUUAUUGAAUCACACCGUGAAAGGGAGUCCAAUGCAGUCACAAUAAUUGACGAUACACCGGUCGUAGAUCAGGGCCCCUUUGCGGACCCGCCUCCUCGUGCCGAUAGAAAUAACAGCUCCCUUAGUGCAGUAAUGGGGGACUCGGUCUCGCGGAUCGACAGGAGUAAAUCUUUGACACAGCGGGAUGGCAGCCCAUUUGGCGAUGAAAAUGCCUUACGAGACUAAUCUAGUCGCAAUCUAGCAUGACAUCUAGCAUCAUGAUGGGAUACGGGAAAUGUGCGACAAAACGGGAAAUAUAUUCGUCUACUUAAAACUACUACUUCUGGUAUUUACUUAGUCUGGACUCUUUUUUUUUCUU